UUUGGCUCAGACCCAUGUCCGGGAGCAGCAAAUACGACGAAGGCUGUUCCGGAGGUGAUUUAGGCGAGUGAGUCGGAAGUCGAGGAAAUAGAAAGAGAGAGAAGCAAUCAUUGCUGUUUGAGUCAUGAAGCUGAUCCAGACGGUGAAACGCCGAAUGGGCAAUGACGACAAGAAGACAUCCACAAGUCGCACAGGAGCGACCAGCAGUGGUGGCAGCAACAGCGGCUCCGGCGACCUUGCUGCCAAGAGUAAGGCCACCACUCCUGCUAAUUCGACCAGCACUCGAGCAGCGACCACAAAACCUGCAACUGAGUCUUCAAGCUUUGCCACAAUCCCCAAGCUGCGGGAGGCACCUCCACAGGAGCGAACAGACCUCUUCCGUAAGAAGAUGGAGGUCUGCGCAGUUGUUUUUGACUUUCACAACGACAACAUGCAGAAGGAAAAAGAAGCCAAGCGCCAGACUCUUUUGGAGAUCGUUGAGUAUGUGAACAACACCCGGAACUGCUUCAAUGAAGCUUUGAUGCAGGAUGUUGUUAGCAUGGUUGGGGCAAACAUUUUCCGAGCCCUUCAGACUAGGAACAAGGAUCCCCUUGCGUUCUCUGACCCAGAAGAUGAUGAGCCCUCUCUAGAGCGGGCCUGGCCACAUUUGCAGAUUGUGUACGAGUUCUUCCUGAGGUUCGUAGUUUCAAACGAUGUUGACCCGAAGAUCGCCAAACGAUUCGUGGACCAAAACUUCAUGCUCAAGCUGCUUGAGCUGUUUGAUUCCGAGGAUCCUCGUGAGCGAGACUACUUGAAGACAAUUCUGCACCGCAUCUACGGCAAAUUCAUGGCCCUUCGGUCUUUUAUCCGUCGUGCCAUCCAGCACGUCUUCUUCAAGGUCAUCUACGAGUCAGAGACUCACAAUGGCGUGGGCGAGCUGCUUGAAAUCCUAGGUAGCAUCAUCAAUGGCUUUGCUCUUCCUUUGAAGGAAGAGCACAAGGACUUCCUGAUCAAAGCGCUCAUCCCAUUGCACAAGGUGAAGUCCUUGGCCUCCUUCUAUCAGCAGCUGUCUUACUGCAUGGCCCAGUAUGUUGAAAAGGAUCCGCGUUUGGCAUACGACAUCAUCACAUCAAUGCUCCGCUACUGGCCAGUAUCGAUCACGUCAAAGCAAGUGCUGUUCCUCAAUGAGCUGGAGGAGACCUUAGAACUCACACAGCCGCCAGAGUUUCACCGAAUGCAGGACGUGCUCUUCCGGCGCUUGGCCCUUUGCAUCACCUGCCCACACUUCCAGGUCGCUGAGAGAACGCUGUUCUUUUGGAACACAGAUUAUAUCGUGAAGCUGAUCAAUGCCAAUCGUCAGGAGCUUUUUCCGAUCAUCAUUGGCGCCCUGUACAAGAACUCCAAGCAGCAUUGGAACAGUGCAGUGCACGGACUGACCUUCAAUGUGCUGAAGCUGUUGAUGGAGGCAGACCCUCAGCUCUUUGACGAGUGCUCCGCAAAGCACCGAGAGGAUGAAGAAGAGGAAGGGCGACGAGAGCAGGAGCGUGCGAGAAAGUGGCAGGUGUUGCAAGAGAUGCAUGACUCAAAGGUGAAGGUCGGAAAGGCAGCGUGAAUCCAGCAUCGUCAGAUUCAGAGCUCCGAGAAUUUCAAUCAGAGCACCGAGAACAAUUGGGUCAUCUUGCAUCAUAUGAGUCAAGGUGACUCGAUGUACAUGGAAUAGCCUGCAGGCUGUGUCAGUCUUCUCGUGUCCAUUUCCAGGACACGUCACCAGUCUCAUUGGCAACGAAUCCGAAAACUACUUUCCUAUACAACAGACAAUUGAACUUUAUUUUGCUUGCAAUGCCCGCGGGUAUAACAGCAGGCAUUGCAUGAGACACAGUCUUGCUGGAAGCCAAAGCCUGGUUGCCAGAGUGCAGGCUGCUUCCAGGGCUCCGCAAGUGUGUCCAAAUUGAGCAGUACGCACACGCUGUGUACGACAUAGAAAGAUUGCGCUUCGCUGUUGCACAUAUUGACAUAUUGGAAGCUUGCUAGCUGGGCAAGAUCAUUUGAUCUUGACUCUCUUGGUGGCUUGAAGGUGUGUUCUGUGAAUGUGAUG